UCUCUCUGCUGGUUUCCCGCCCUUCCUCCUUCCCUCCCCGUCCCCUCUCCCCUCCUCAGGCCCGUGCGUCUUCCUCCUUCAGGCGCCAUCCUUACCUGAGCGCUCGCCAGGGCGCGCCUUCCUUGUCCCUCAGGCAGCGGGGCGGGCGCACCCCUGCUCCACGCUCGCGGUUCUCGGCGAGGAGCGUGUACCACCAGAGCACGGGGGAGCCGGCCGCCCUGCGGCCUGCGCCUCGGUGACACCGUGGGGCUGAGGCGACGCCGCACCCGGCAGCCUGAGCGCACAGCCGGCCUUCACCCAGAGCUCGGAGCCGCGAGCGCCGCCUCAACCCAUCCGGACCGCGGCCAUGGCCGAGACAGAGGAGCGGAGCCUGGACAACUUCUUCGCCAAGAGAGACAAGAAGAAGAAGGAACGGAGCAGUCCGGCGGCCAACGCGGCGAGCGGCAUGGACGGGAGCAGUGCGGCGGCGGGCUCCAGGCCGGGCGAUGGCUGGAGCUCCGGCUCUGGUGCCAGGUCGGACGACAGCGGGAGCUCGGGCUCUGGUGCUAGGUCCUUAGACAGCGGGAGAACGGGCCCCGCCGGCAAGGCCAUAACGAAGGAUGAAAAUGAGUGGAAAGAAUUUGAGCAAAGAGAGGUUGAUUACAGCGGAUUAAGAGUUCAGGCAAUGCGAAUAAGUGGAAAGGAAGAUGAUGAUAAUGAGAAGAGAGAAGAUCCAGGAGAUAUUUGGGAAGAAGGUGGAGGUGGCAGUGGAGCAGAAAACUCUUCAGGUCCCUGGAAUAAAACCGUUCGGGUACAAGCGCCUCCUGCUCCAGUAACAGUUACAGAAACCCCGGGGCCAGCAAUGCCCAGUGGUGUAUUUAGGCCUCCUGAGGCAAGGCUAACCACAACAAGGAAAACACCACAAGGACCACCGGAAAUAUACAGUGACACACAGUUCCCAUCCCUGCAGUCCACUGCCAAGCAUGUAGAGAGCCGGAAGGAUAAAGAAAUGGAGAAGAGCUUUGAAGUAGUAAGAUACAAAAAUAGAGAUAGGGAGGAGGUUUAAAAAAAAAAAAAGGCCCUUAAACUUCAGCUAGACCACCAGUAUGCUGUGCUUGAGACGCAGAAGUACAGCCACACACAGUACAGCUAAGGAAUGGUCUUUACUAAGCCUUCCAAGGUAACU